GUCACGUGGAGGCGACGGAGUCCACUCGGUGCCGUCCGAUCGGAACGUGAGCUGUUAGCAGUCUUGGCAGUCGGAGCGCCGCCCGGUGCUCAACCGAUCCAUGUUGUUGUUUUAGCCUCCCGUCGCGUUAAACUAGCCCAUUGCAUCGAAGAAUGAGUGAUAACGAUGACAUCGAAGUCGACAGUGACGAAGAAUCACCGAGAUAUCACAAUGUGGCAGACAAACGGGCACACCACAAUGCGCUCGAGCGCAAACGUAGGGACCACAUCAAAGACAGCUUUCACAGCCUCCGCGACUCUGUGCCCGCCUUGCAGGGAGAAAAGGUUGGUAAACCCCAGCCCCAAUCUACCAAACAGGCGUCUAGAGCUCAAAUCCUAGACAAAGCCACAGAGUACAUCCAGUACAUGAGGCGAAAAAAUCACACGCACCAGCAGGACAUCGACGACCUGAGGAGGCAAAACGCGCUGCUGGAGCAGCAAGCAGUCCGCGCCCUGGAGAAGGUGAAGGGCUCCGCCCAGCUGCAGGCGAGCUACUCGUCGUCCGACAGCAGCCUGUACACCAACCCCAAGGGCAGCGCCGUGUCGGCGUUCGACGGCGGCUCCGACUCCAGCUCCGAGUCGGAGGCCGAGGAGCCGCCCAACAGGAAGAAGCUGCGCGUGGAGGCCAGCUAGAGGAGCCGAGCGCCGGCCGCGUCGAGGUCGAGGUGGCGGGAGCACAAGCGGGGGAAGGAGAAGCAAAACGCAAGCCUCCGAAGCUCUCGAGGCUCGUGGAACCCUCCCCCCUUCUCAUGCCAACAACAACCACAUCCUCCCUCCCUCCCUCCUCCAUCAUCUCUGGGUGGGCUCGCGCUGGAGACUCCUCAGACGGCCACCAGGAGGGAGGAAGACGACUGCUUCAGAACAUCUAGAGAGCUUCAGGUCCCCCCCCCCCCACAUUCCCCCUCUCUCUCCUUUUCUCCGGCUCUGCGUCAUUGGUAUUUCCCUUCUAGCAACGUCAGCAGUCCAAAACCCCAAAAGAGGCAGCUUGGCUACUUAAAGACUUGAUGCUUUUUUUGUACCCUCAAUAAAGCCCCUCCUCCUCCCCCUAGGGUGUUUGGGAGGGCAGGGUGCACCAGGCGAUCACUGCUUUAUUAUUAUAUAUAUAUAUAUUUUUUUGUUUUUUUUUUUUGUUUUAAUUUUUUCCGAUUAAAAACCUGUUUAGACUUUACACAAACACACACACACACCUAGAUAAAUGGUCCUGGAGAAGUUUACCUUUUUUAAAAUUAAAAUGGAAAAAUAAUAAUAUUUGUAGCUUACUUUUUUCCACUAAAGAAUGUGAAGACGCUUUGGAGCAAAUGUUAAAAUGACACCCACCUCAGGCCCACCGGAUCGCAGACGUUUUUCUGCCUGACACGUUUCUUAACACGAGAUUUAAAAACGAAAAGAAAAGAAAGAAAGAAAGAAAGAAAACGUGAAUCCUUUGUUGAAAAAAUUGAUGUUUUGAAGGAGAAUAUUCCUAAAACUUGUAUCGUAUUUUGUCCUUUAGCUUGAAGUAGUGAAUGACUUUAGGUGGCCGAAUACGUUAGGCAUCUCGUUUUAUAUAUAUAUCAUAUUUAAAAAUUGAUUGGAUGUUUUCAAGUUACAAAAAAAAUAUGUUAUGCAUUUUUGUAGUUGAUCUCACAAAGUCAUAUGGAGAAAAAAAUGCCAAUUUGUCACUCGUAGUUUUUUUCCCCUCAAGGGUAUGAAAUAGGUAUUUGAAUGUGAAUGAGUAGCUCCCGUCCUGUCGCAGCACAGGGAAGCGAGACGAGUCCCCGUCGGUGUGUCGUGCUUUACACAUUAUAAAAUCAAUGUCGCUGAAUUUUUUCCCACCCUAAGGCAAAAAAAAUUGAAAUGCAUUUUGCGUGUCUAGGAGACGUGUGUGUCUGUAUAUCGUUUCCCAUUUUAUUUCCAUUUAGGAGGAUAUAAUUAGCGUACCAGGUCUUUUGUUUGUCCGAUUCCAUUCCAUGGAAAUUACAAGUAUGUUGUACAUACUGCCAACAAUUGUCUUGCAAGUUGAGGCCGACCUUUACUAUGAGACUAUAAAAUAAACUAUUUUAUCCUUUAA